GGCGCCGCCGACGCCUCCGAAGCCGGGGCGAACCAGUUCCUCGGUUCCUGCCCCCAAAUGCAGCAUGGAGUCGUCCGUGGGGCGGCCUGGGCCCGAGGCAGACCUUCUGGCUCUGGGGGGACAGCAAGCCGCGAUCUUCAGUGGCGGCCCGGGUCCAGCGCCCUCUGAGCCGCCCUCAGGCUUCCGGGUGUCGGGGGAGGAGAAGGCCGAGAACGUUGGAGCCUCGAGCCGCCACCCCACGGCGUCCCCUAAGACUUUGAGCUGCAGUGUCGACCACUGGCCGGAACCGGAGGCUCGGGAGAACGAGGCUGGCCGCGCAGUGACGCCGUGUGGACCCGGGAGCCGCGUGGCGGCGCUGGGUCCCGGGCAUGACCCGCACGGGUUUUCCAUACAGAAGGACCCUGAGUCGCCCGAGGACAAGCCUGCAUCCGAAAAGAUCCACCGUCGAGGGAGCCAGGGAGGCGGCGGGAUGGAUGUUGAGCAGGAGCAGGAGGAGGAAGACGACGAGGGGGAGGCCGGCAGGGCUGGCAGGUCGUUCUCCAGCCGCCUUCAGGACAGCCGCAGUCUUGAUGGGCUGAGCGGGGCGUGCGGCGGCUCCGGGUCCGCAGGAGGUGCGGAGUCUGGCGCGGGCGUCGGGCGUCGCGCCACUAUCUCCAGCCCCCUGGAGCUCGAGGGCACGGUGAGCCGACAAGGCGACCUCACCCACUUUGUCGCCAACAACCUGCAACUCAAGAUCCGUCUGAGCAGCACCUCUCAACCCCCGACCCCUGCCCCUGCGCCGCCCUGUUCAGCACCCUCAUCCACUCCAGCCAUCCCCCCCAUCGACCCCGACGUGCUGCGGGACCUAGAACGGCUGAGUCGGGAGCUGGGCGGUAGGGUAGACCGUCUGCUUCGCGGGCUGGGUGGCGCGGUGCAGGAGCUGACAGCACUGAGCGUGGGCUGCAUCCAGACCUACCGCGACGCCGUGGACUCCCUAGGCGAAGCCGUGGACAUGAGCAUCAAGGGAAUGUACACCCUGCUGGCGCGCUGCGAGGAGCUGGAGAGGGCUCUGCAGCCGGUGCAGGGACUGGCGCGCCAAGUCCGGGAUAUCCGACGCACACUGGAGGUGUUGGAGGCUCUGUGCAAGUGACCAGGAGGGCAAGAGAGUCCAGGCCAGGACCCAGUAGGGUCCUAAGGACUCUUCAAGGAGCUCUGGCGGGGAAACCGAUUUAAUGGAGGCUCUUUCAGAUGCAUUUAGCAGGCCGGCGUCCAUUCGCUGGGCCAUGUAUAUGGGGAAGUUCUAAAGGUUUUCCUGGUUGUAGGUGAUAAUGCUCAGCUUCUAUUCAGUUGGCCAUCUGCAGCUACGUUGUCCUCCCCAACUCUCUUCCUUAGCUAAAAAAUCGUCCCUUGGAACCCAGGGCUUCAGGUCUGGGCUUGGGAGAUGUGACUGCCAUCUGUAAUCAAGAAAGGAGAACGGAAGAGGCCUAAGCCCCAACUGUGGCCCCUCUAACUCCAGUGGCCACAUCUCAGGUGCCAGGGCCUAUGGGAGCAUGAGUGGUCCUUGGCCACACACCAUGCACACAAGGAUGCACACCUGCACAUGGAUAGCCCCCUGCUUCUGCCCACUGACCCCUGCCAUCCCAUUUCAGCCAGAACCAGGGUGGAGCUAGAAGGAAUGCAAUGCAUGGUAGAGGGUGUGAGUUGGGAGGGGUUCUCACUGCUCUCAGGGUUCAGUAGAAUUGUUGCUGGUUUUGAAGCCCACCUGUUGUGGAGUGUUCUAAUCAGUUUUGGCUUUCUGAGUUUUUGUGGAAUUAAAGUGCUGCUGCUGCUAAG